AUGGCCACACCACAAGUCACCAAAGAAAAACCAUCAUCUUCUAAUAAUGUUAUUGUUGAUGCUAUAGAAUUUUGCAACAUUGUAGGUGCACUAGAAUAUUUAACUUUCACUCGUCCGGAUAUCACUCAUGUUGUUCAACUCUUCACCGAGCCCACUGUGACAGAUUUAAAGGGGUUGCGCUACCUUUACAACACUUUCCCUUCCUUGUAUGGGUUUAGUGACGCUGAUUCGGUUGAUUGUACUAUCACAAGACAAAGUACUACAUGUUAUUGUGUCUUUAUUGGUGCUAAUUGCAUAUCUUGGUCCUCUAAGAAGCAAUCCAUUGUUUCUUGCUCUAGUACUGAAGCAGAAUAUCGCUCCAUGGCUCACACUGUUGCCAAGCUAACAUGGAUCACCUAUCUCUUUCAUGACACAUGUGUUUAUCUUCCUCGUGCUCCACAACUAUUUUGUGAUAACAUUAGUGCUCUACAUAUGACAAUUAAUCCGGUUUUUCAUGCUUGCACCAAACAUAUUGAAUUUGACUAUCAUUUUGUUAGUGAAAAAAUAGCCAUAUGA